GUAGUCAUCAUUUCAGGCGAAACAGGUUGUGGAAAGACAACACAAAUUCCUCAAUUUAUUCUGGAGUCUGAGAUAGAAUCAGUUCAUGGGGCUGCUUGUAAUAUUAUAUGCACACAGCCCAGACGCAUUUCAGCCAUGUCUGUUUCUGAAAGGGUUGCUUCUGAGAGAGGGGAGAAAUUGGGUGAAUCUGUUGGAUAUAAAGUUCGACUGGAGGGAAUGAAAGGGAGAGAUACCCAUCUUCUCUUUUGCACCACAGGCAUCUUAUUAAGAAGAUUACUGUAUGAUAGAAACCUUAAUGGUGUAACUCAUGUUAUUGUGGAUGAAAUUCAUGAACGUGGGAUGAAUGAAGAUUUUUUGCUUAUUGUCCUGAAAGAACUCCUUCCCCGUCGGCCCGAACUCAAACUGAUUUUGAUGAGUGCUACCCUAGAUGCAAAGCUCUUCUCUUCGUAUUUUAAUGGGGCUUCAAUAGUGAAUAUAUCGGGCUUUACACACCCUGUUAGAACUCUCUUUUUGGAGAGCAUUCUUGAAACGACGGGCUAUCGAUUGACUCCUUCUAAUCAAAUUGAUGAUUAUGGCCAAGAGAGGUUGUGGAAAAUGAACAAACAGGCCCCAAGAAAGAGGAAAGGCCAAAUUGCUUCUGCCGUUGAGGAUGCAAUUAGAUCUGCUGAUUUCAAAGAUUACAGCCUUCAGACACAGGAGUCUUUGUCAUGUUGGAAUCCUGACUGUAUUGGUUUUAAUCUCAUAGAAUAUAUCCUGUGCAAUAUUUGUGAGGAUGAAAGGCCUGGUGCUGUUUUGGUUUUCAUGACUGGGUGGGAUGAUAUCUUCUCUCUGAAAGAGAAGCUCCAAGCACAUACUGUCUUGGGAGAUCCAAACCGUGUUUUGUUGCUCACGUGUCAUGGCUCAAUGGCUAGUGCGGAGCAAGAAGUAAUGUUUGAAAAGCCUGAAGAUGGAGUGAGAAAAAUAGUGCUAGCAACAAAUAUUGCUGAAACGAGUAUCACAAUAGAUGAUGUUGUUUUUGUUCUGGACUGUGGAAAAGCAAAAGAAACAUCAUAUGAUGCACUGAAUAAUGCGCCUUGUUUGCUUCCUACAUGGAUCUCGAAGGCUUCUGCUCAUCAAAGAAGAGGAAGAGCUGGUCGUGUUCAACCUGGAGUGUGUUACCAUCUCUAUCCUAGAUGUGUAUAUGAUGGUUUUGCAGAGUACCAAUUGCCAGAAAUUUUGAGAACACCUUUGCAGUCUCUCUGUUUACAAAUCAAAAGUCUAAGACUUGGAAGUAUAUCCGACUUCUUGUCUAGGGCUUUGCAGUCUCCUGAGAUACUCACGGUACAAAAUGCAGUUGAAUAUUUAAAAAUAAUUGGGGCUUUGGACGGGAAUGAGAAUCUGACUAUUCUUGGACACUAUUUGACGAAGUUUCCUAUGGAACCCAAACUUGGCAAGAUGCUUAUAUUAGGCGCUAUCCUCAAUUGUCUGGAUCCUAUAUUAACUGUUGUUGCUGGUCUUAGUGUGAGAGAUCCUUUUCUAACACCACUGGAUAAAAAAGAUCUUGCCGAGGCGGCAAAAUCUCAAUUCUCUGGUGCAUACAGUGACCACCUAGCACUUGUACGCGCUUACGAGGGUUGGAAAGUUGCUGAGAUAGACCUGGGUGGAUAUGAAUAUUGUUGGAAAAACUUUAUUUCAUUCCAAUCCAUGAAAGCUAUUGAUGCUCUUCGGAGGGAGUUCAAAGGCCUGCUUACAGAUAUUGGAUUAGUCGAUAGCAACACAACAAGCUGUAACACAUGGAGCUAUGAUGUGAAUCUUAUCAGGGCAGUUAUUUGCUAUGGUCUAUAUCCUGGAAUUUGUUCUGUGCUGCAUAAUGAGAAGUCAUUCACUUUGAAAACGAUGGAGGAUGGUCAAGUGCUCUUAUAUUCGAACUCAGUUAAUGCUCGGGAAACUAAAAUUCCAUAUCCAUGGUUAGUUUUUAAUGAGAAAAUAAAAGUGAACUCAGUUUUUCUCCGUGACUCAACAGCUGUGUCUGAUUCAGUGGUGCUUUUGUUUGGUGGAAGCUUAUCAAAAGGAGAUGCUGAUAAUCACAUAAAAAUGUUAGGAGGAUAUCUGGAGUUUUUCAUGGAACCUACUGUUGCUGAUAUGCAUCAGAGUAUAAGGAGAGAACUUGAUGGCUUCAUUCAAACCAAACUACUUUCUCCGACAAUGAGCAUACACUCAUAUCAUAACCUCCUAUCCGCAGUACGGUGUCUGAUAUCCAACGACUCAUGUGAAGGCAGAUUUGUAUUUGGUCGCCAGGUCCUUAAACCGUCAAAGAUAUCUGUGAUCCCCUCACACCCAGCAUCAUUGGUUUCAAGGACAGAGAGUGGACCUGGGGGUGAUAAUUCUAAAAGCCAGCUCCAAACUUUGCUUACAAGAGCAGGAUAUGCUGCACCUAUCUACAAAACUAAACAGUUGAAGAACAACCAGUUUCGGUCUUCAGUUGAGUUAAAUGGAGUGGAGAUAAUGGGCCAACCUUGUAACAAUAAGAAGAGUGCAGAGAAAGAUGCUGCAGCUGAAGCGCUGCAAUGGUUAACGGGCAAGCAAGCUAGCCGUGAAUAUAUCGAUCACAUGUCCAUGUUUCUGAAAAAAAGUAAGAAGGAUCAUAAUUAA